AUAAGCUAUAUUUUUGUAAAAUGACGUUUGUUUUUUUAAAAACUGCGCAGAAUUCGCGCUUCUGUUCGAGAUUCAUGUAUCUGACUCUCAUAAUGAUCGACUGACUUCCUUUAACAGGGAAGACAAGUGGAUCAAGCUAGCUAAUAUACAGUACACACUUGCCUAGUGUCAGUUCCUUGACUUCAGGUGCAAGCUCUCAGUGAUUCACUUUACACCAUGUCGACUCAACAACAUCUCCGUGAGGGAGACUAUUUGUCCCUGAUGAGAGGCUUGAGAGAGGUGGACCUCCGUGGCUCUUUUGUUCCCAGUGCCCUAGUACUGACUGGAGAACAUGCAUUUCCUUUGGUGAUGAACAGCCAAGGCGAGGUCCUGAUGGCUGCCUCCCAGUAUGGCUCUGGAAGAAUUGUGGUCCUGGGACAUGUGGGGUACUUGACAACAUUUUCCACUCUGGUAGAAAAUGCACUGAUUUGGCUGAGAGGAGAUAGCUCACGCAACCUGUCAGUGGGGGUCAACAAAAGUAUUAAAGCAGUGGCUGAUAAUCUCAGCAAAUCCAGCUUCCAAAUUAAAAUUGUGGGGGCAUUCCAAAAGAAUAUGGAUGUUGGUGUUUAUAUAACAGACACCUAUAACUUGAAUAUAGAUGGGAAGGACCUGGUGGCAUUUCUGAAAAAUGGCGGAGGAGUGUUGAUUGGAGGGGAAGCGUGGAGUUGGGCCGCAGACCACCCGAAGGAGAACACACUGCUUCGGUUUGGAGGGAAUAAAGUGUCUGGUGUGGCUGGGAUCUACUUCUCUGAACAUCCGGGUGAAGCUGAAUUGUUGCCUAUCUAUCCUCAGAUUCCAGUCUCAUGGAUGCGAGUGGUAUUGGGUAAGGAGUUUGAGGGGGACCUGGAGUUCUUACUUCAGGGAAUAUCUGAGUUUGACAUUACGGGCGGUGCGAUUGCUUCUGAGAUUCUGAUUCACGGACGGCUCGCCUUCCCUAUCGGAAAGACAGAAGAUGGCCGGCCAUUUCUGGCAGCCUCCUAUUAUGGGCUUGGACGCAUUAUUCUUGUGAGCCAUGAAGGGUUUCUGGGACGAGAGGAGCUGGCUCCAUUUUGGACCAAUGCUAUUCACUGGUUGGAUGAUGGCCGACGUGGCACUGUUGGCGUCCUGCAACAUAACGCCCUUGACGUUCUCAAGAAAUCCGGGUUUAAGUGUGAGAAGAGCGACUUCAGAAAAGACCUGAGUGUGUUUGUGUGUUCAGCCUACAGUGACAAACAUGCACAGGAGAUCCAGAACUUUGUGGCGGAGGGAGGAGGCCUGCUGAUUGGUGGCCAUGCUUGGUACUGGUCACAACAGCACAGUGGCCAAAACCCACUCACAGAGUUCUCAGGGAACAAGAUCCUGAACAAAAUGGGCUUGAGCUUGUUGAGUGGAACCAUUCGGGGAGGUCGCUUCAAAGCCCCUGUACCCAGCCAGACUUCCAAAGACACCUACCACUUCCGCCACCUUCUACAACGCUUUGCUGCUCAUGUAACUGAGGGAGAGGAUCUUACCAAGCAUGAGGAGCAAUGCCUUAAAAAGCUUGGCAAGGACUGCGCCGCCUUCCUAAAAAUGAAUGCCCACGAUCGCUGUUCAUACGCUCAGGUCCUGUCCACCCUUACGCAUGUCGUGAAGAAAUCGGGCAUGCCACAGGUGUGUGACACCUGCCCGGUGAAAAGUCCCAAAGACCAUCUUCUGCUCAAUGUGGGCUCAGAGGUUUAUAAGGCUUGCCCCAAUCCUGACAGCCUGCUGCCUUACCUCAUCGAGCAGAUCCCCUUGUUGGCUGUUGUCUAUAAUCACAGGAUUCCGUUGAAUGUCAACACAGCAGAAAGUGAAGAGUGGAUCAGUACUGGUCUCUACCUCUCUCACGGUAUGAAGACCUACAUAGCAAUGCCUCCACAGAUUGUCAACAAAGGAUGGAAGGUCCAAAUCGGUUGUCAAACAGACUAUCUUAAGGCUGCCGAGCUGAAGAGAGCGCCUAGUGUUCAUGAGCAAUUUCCUAUCAACACUGAGAUGUUGCAGGUGUGGAAUUUGUGGGGAGGUCUCAUCUACUUGGUGGCCCCACCUAAAACCAAAAUGGGAGGGGUAGAGGUCAUAGUGCAGGUAGCUGUGCCGGCACCUUAUUAUAAAUCUGGUGUGACAACACCAGGCGAUUGGGCCAUGCUGCGAACAGCUCCUUCCCCUUGGGCAGAGUUGGAGUUUGAAAAUGUCGUACUCACUGUACCAUCAGAUGUCAUUCGGAAUCUGGAUCAACCAGAUUCGCUGGCAACAAUCUGGGACACGAUUAUGAGAGGCAUUGCUGACCUGGCUGCCAAACCACACAAAUUUCCCCGCAAAGAACGCUUUGUAGCAGAUGUGCAGAUUUCUAAUGGUUGGAUGCACUCUGGUUACCCCGUCAUGAUGCACAAGGCCUCAGCAAAUGAACUGGUCAACAUUAAGAAUGCCAAGACUAAAGGCCUGUGGGGGCCAAUCCACGAGCUCGGUCACAACCAGCAGAGAGAUUGCUGGGAGUUCCGGCCACAUACCACAGAGUGCACAUGCAACCUUUGGUCAGUGUAUGUACAUGAGGAGGUGUUAGGGGUCAAAAAGGAAAAGGCUCAUGGAGAUGUCACCCCAGAAAAAAGAAAGAGUCGAUUGGAGCAAUUUGUAAAAGAGGGCCGGCCACUCAGCAAGUGGGAGAUAUGGGUGGCUCUUGAAACAUACUUGCAGCUCCAGGAAAGAUUUGGCUGGGAUGCCUUCAAGAGGGUGUUUGCUGCUUACCACAUGAUAAGCAGUUAUCCAAAGGACAACAACGGAAAGAUGAACCUGUACGCAGAGACCUUCUCCAAAACUGUGGGAAUGAACCUGUGUGGAUUCUUUAAGGCCUGGAGCUGGCCCAUAGAGAGAGCUACUGAGGAGAAACUAUCCAACCUUCCUAGCUGGGUGGACCACCCCAUGGUACAGUUUGGUUGAAUGUUUGACUGCUAAUGAUUGGAGUGCAGAAAGCAAGGUUAAAUGUGUCAAACUUAGUUUUUUCCCCGUUUUUUUUCAUUGUGUUGCCAUGUGUGUUGGUGUUGCACUACUUACAAACAAACAAACAAACAAAAAACUCAAUAAAAUGAUUUAGUCUACGAAAAAUAAAUUCUCACAGAUGAACUUUUAUUUUUCAUAUCAGGGUAGAAAAACAAUGAAACUUUGGUUUAUUGAAACACUUAGAGUAAUGAAUCGUAAAAUCAAUUGUGAAUAACCUAGUCGGGUUUUAAAUGCAUUUUAAUGUAUUGUGUAUUUGUUGCCUGUUUUUGCUGUUCAUGAAAAAAAGGACCAAUAAACAUCUACAAAAGCUA